AAGAGGGAGGGAAGCUUGGAGAAAACUCACCCCUUUUCCAGAGAAAAAGAGCUUGGGAUGGAGAGUGAAAGAAAAUGGAGGAGGGUAAUGGGAGUGGGUGUGUGUCUGACUCUGUCUGUCCCCUCCCUCCAUUAUAGAGAGGUAUAGAUGGUGCAGGGGCAGCCAGGAGUCCAGUCCAGAGAGCUGCACUAGUCCUGAGAGCCACCAGCUCAGAGAAGUAGUCCAGCCACUCCAGAGACACCCAGCCCGACUCACAUUAACUCAACCUGUUCGAUUCAUUCAAUCAGCGAGGAGUGACGGCUUCUUUUAUUCCUGUGUCUGAUCUGAGCUCAUUCAGAUCACUGACAGCUUUACACCUGAGGCGCAGAGACAACCACAGCGAGGAUGAGGAUGCAGCAACAAUCUCACAGCUUUCUGGUGCUUCUCCUUGUGGUCUUCAUCGCUGGGAUAGUUCUUUCUGGCCCCUCAACGCCCCGCAGGAGCAGAGUGAGACGUCAGAAUAUGAAAGUCCGGAUCAACGCCACAGGAGACACCAUCGUGAUGAAGUUUUUGCGUCCCAACGCUGACACCAAGCUAGAGGGUUACAUCCUGGGCUAUGGCAGCAGCAUGUUCUCCAAACAGUUUAUUCAGCUGCCAGAGAACGGACAGCCGUACGAGACUGAGUUUGAUGCUGAACCCAAAUACCUUAUCGCCGUCCAGCCUAUCCCAACCAAUGAUGUGAAAAAGCAUUGCACAGGUAAAGUGGAACUGCAGAAGCCGCUUCACCUGGUCAUUGGAUCGGUAACGCCCACUUCAGUUAUCCUGUCUUGGGGGACCCUGCUGAAAACUCCCUAUGAAGGCAAUGUCAUGAAUGACUGUCUUGAGGAGGGACACUACACGGUGCGUUAUCGUGAGAGGCACAGGAAGUGGAACUACCAGACCUGCCCAACUAGCGACACGGUCAUCGACAACCUGAAGCCAAACACGGUCUAUGAGUUUGGUGUCCAGCCCAACUCUAAGGAUGGCACCGGAGUGUGGAGCAAGCCGGUCAUUCACAACAUCAGCUCAGGAGGAACAGACGAUAAGCCAAGGAAAAUCAUUAAACAUCCCAAUAACCCUGAGAAACAUUUACCGCCAGGUCCACACUCCUUCCCCUUUUCUCCACGCCAUGUUCCGUUUAACAGGACCCAGGGCAGACCGCCCCUCAACCGGAAAAUAAUCCCAAGGACAACUCUUGCUCCCACCACAACUACUAAAAAGGAAUCUCUGUCGACCCCUGGACCCACACAGCCUGUUGUCACCAAAAAGCCAAUCGGAGGAAGAGAGCUCUCCAGAUCUGUCUUGCCUCCUUUCUUGGAGGCCCAAUUACCCCCCAAGCCCCAUCCUCCACCACAUAUUACAGCCACCAUUGCAGCUGUAACAGCCCUCCAGAAAAAUGUAGAGCACAACAGCCAACAGCCAAAGCCCCAAUCCCAACCUCAUACAAAACCCCCACCAAAACCAAAACCCCAGCUCCAGCCACAGUAUCAGCCACAACCACGACCGUAUCCCCAAACCCAAAUCCCUCAACUAAAGCCAGUGAUAAAGGCUCAGCCUCAUCCACAACCCCAACAAACAUCCCUGCCCAUACUCCAGAGCCAACUACAACCACAACCACUACCCCAACCAACAUACCAACCAGAAAUCCAGACCCAACCUCAGUCCAAAUCUUGGCCAAAGCAUCACCCCCAAUCACAGCCUCAAACCACACCACAUCUCCAGGUUGAACCACAACGUAAACCGACACUGCAGCCCAAACACCAGGUCCAACCUCAAACACAACCCCAUAAAAAGAGCCAAAUCAAGUCUCAAGUUCUCACACUUCCCCCGCCCACACCUGUGGCACAUCGUCAACCACAAACACAACCAAUACUCAAAACUAACCCUGAGCCUCAACUAAACACAAAGCAGCAGGCCAAACCAACAACUAAACCAAAGACCAUUUUUUUCCAAUCCAUUCCCAAAACACAGCCUCAACUAAAUGGCCCACCCAGGCCCCAACCACCACCUAAAGUAAAAAAACAGCCCAAGUCUGAACAAAAGCCCCGAACAGGAAACCAACAAGAACCACCCCGUGAAACUCAGCCAAGGCCCCAAACACAACCUCCAAAAAAGAACCAGGCCCAACCUGAAUCUAAUUCUCAACCUAUUCCCCAACGAAAACCCUCUCCGCCCCUGCCAAAACCUCAACCUGGGCUUCAUUUUCAGACCAGGACCUUCUCUGAUCCCACCAAGGUCCCCCCAAGUCAGGCAGUCUCUACGGCUCCUAGUCCACCAGAAGAGGGCAAGCCUCUGCCAAGACCUGCCCUGGCUACAAAGAAGGCUGGUAGUUACAAUCAGGGUACUGGCGUCCUCAAGCCGUUCGUUGCUGCAGUUCCUCGUUCUCCCAUUAGCUCAUCUGUUCCUCAAGCAGGAAGAAACACCACGCUGUGGCGCACCCGGGUUCCUCUUCACAACCCUCGUAAUAGUGGCAGGCCAUUUCCUCCAUCCAAGAUAUUGACCUACUCUCACAGCUCCAGCACACCUGGGGCAACCGGUGGGGCGCAUCAUAGGGGAAAUGCUCUUCCUAAUUUGUGGUCCAGAGAGAAAACUGUCCCUGCAGUCCUGCAUCCUAUCCCUGUCAACAAGAGACCCAACCUGGUGGGGAAACCUAGGGCCAAUGAUAAACCCAUGGAUCUGAAACAAGGAGACAAGGAGUCCAUAUUGAAGCCAUUUCAUCCGGUCACAGCCAAGCCCAAGCAAGAGCGCAGACAGCAGCAGACGACCACCUCUGCCCCGACAGUAAACAGUACGACAAGCCGCUUUGACAUCAAUGAUAACUCCUCCAUAUUCAGGCCCUUGCCUGCGUCAGACGUAGACUUCAUGGGCAAGCCGCGCUUUAUAGCUCCCCAUGUGAUCUACAAGACGGAUAAGAAGCCAGAUGAGCCGUGCUCCAUCACCUCCUCCCUCAGUUUCUUCCCUGAUGAGGAGGGUGGGGAUCAGAAUGUGACUGGUCCUCCCCGCAUCCCUCCCUCCAACCUCACUGUGGUCACUGUGGAGGGCUGCCCGUCUUUUGUCAUUCUUGACUGGCAGAAAUCUGACAAUGAAACCAGAGAGUACGAGGUUGUAUCCACAACUAAAGGACCAAAUGGAGAGGAGGUGUCCGUCCUGACGACCAACCAGACACACACAGCCGUGGAGAAUCUCAAACCAGAGAGCAGUUAUGAAUUCACAGUCACACCGAAGAAUGAGUUGGGAGCGGGACCCUCCAGUGAUCCUGUUUCGUUUAGCACAGAAUCAGCGGAUCCACGAGUGAGCGAACAUGUUUCAGGCAAAGAUGCAAUCUGGACUCAGUUCCCUUUCAAAUCUGAUGACUACUCUGAAUGCAAUGGAAAGCAGUUUGUGAAGAGGACCUGGUACCGGAAAUUUGUGGGAAUCCAGCUGUGCAACUCACUGAGAUACAAGAUCUACCUGAGUGACUCUCUCACUGGGAAGUUCUACAACAUUGGAGAUCAGACGGGACACGGAGAGGACCAUUGUCAAUUUGUGGACUCCUUCCUGGAUGGACGGACCGGCACCCAGAUGUUUGCUGACCAGCUACCAACCAGGCCAGGGUUUUACAGAGCGAUGAGACAGGAGCCCGUCCACUUUGGAGAAAUCGGGGGGAAGUCACACGUUACUUACGUAGGCUGGUACGAGUGUGGCACGCCCAUCCCUGGGAAGUGGUAAAACACACAGCGGUUUCCAGGAAAGAUUCCUUUAUUGGAAAGGAGGAAGAAGAAGAAGACGCCUGCCUUACCCUGAAGGGAGGUGGGCCUUUCUGUCAUGUUACCAUGGACACUGUAGAUGGGUCUGUCUGUUUGAGCUCCUUUCUCCAGGGUUUGAACCUGUACACGACUAUUCGGUGUCACAAAACUCUUCUGAGUGCAUUUGUAACAUUUGUUUUGAUUUCUCUAUUUAUCAAAAAUGCAUUCAGCGAACAAAUGCAGGUGUUUGAGUGAACCAAAAAUGUUGAAUAUACAAUAAUUACAGAGAAAAUGGUUGGAAGCUGGCUCCCAAAGUGUUAUAACUUGUAUGAUAUUAUUUAUCAAAAGGGGAUCGUUAUUGAAUAUUCUGUGUGUGCUCGGGCUUUUGAAAUGACGAAGUAAAAAUUGUUCCCAAUACUUGCAUGUCAGUGAGCACACACAUUGUGUUAUAUGUAUACAGCACGGUACCAAUUAUGCUUUCAUUGUACAUUUGGACUUUGUAAAAUACAAGUACACACAGACAUGCAGAAUGGACCUUCUGCUGGCCCUAAGGGAUUAUUAGCAGUUGCAGUUUGCACAGUAUUAAACCUUUUGUUAUAUAUGUAUAUGGAGUGAAAUACAGUACCAGGGAUCAUUUAGUUUGAUACAUUUCAGGUAAAAAGACAGCUCUUAGCCAAAUUGUAUUUUUAGAAAGCUAUGUAGCUCGAACCCAGCGUGUCUAUGGACUCACUUGGAAAGAUUUAUGUAUUUUUGAUGCUGAGUCUUGUCCUUUAUUUUAUAAAAUAACAUAUAUAUAUAAAUAACUAAACUGAUCUUCAACGUGGAAACAAAAUUACAUUUCAUAAUUUAUGUUUUUGUGUUCAAACUUACAACAAAGUGUACAUAAAGCUAUGAAUCAUUGGAGGGAAAGUGCCAGUUUGUUUCCACAUCUGUCCUGACUGCCUUUGUUUUUGCCCAAUGUAUGUUUGUUUGUUUGUUUUCAGCAAUAAAUCUUGUUUUUAUAUUUACUGAUA